CACUUCACAGAGAGACGGCUCUUAAUGGGACGUUACCAUGACAGGACAGGAAGAAUGAACGGGUAUAAAUAGAGGAAGCCUUGAAGAACACGCCAGGCGCGAACCAGGACAGACACAAGGUUCAGAAGGCAACUGCACCGAGCGGAACAAUGAAGCUGUUGGUCCUGGCUUUAGCCGUCGCCCUGUUGCUUACAGCUGGCGCAGCCCUGGACUGUCACCGCUGCGUCUCCAAACAGGCCGGGGGCCCGUGUGACCUCACCGUGGAGACCUGUAAGGCCGGCAAGGACAGCUGCGCCGCCGCCAGGUUCCUCAGAGAACCAUACGGCCAGUUCCAGAAAUGCAUGGCUCGGCGAGACUGUGAGAUGCUGAAGAUGAACGCCUACAUCAAUAUCCAGUGCUGCAGUGAUCACAUGUGCAACAGUUUCUAAAAAUCCGAUCGCAAAGUCGUUAUUAUCAGUCAGCAUGGCGCUUAUUGGAGAAGCAUCGUGCGAGGCCUUCAUCCUGCAGCGCAUCUGGGAACAUCAGUACGAGCAUCAGUACGAAGCAGCAGAGCUUCAGAAACGUCACUUUUCCUAAUAAAAUAAAGCUUUCACUACAAGUCAAA